CAGCAUCUUGCUUGAAUGAACUUGACAGAACUUGACAUGGCUUGUUCUGAGACAUUAAUACAUUUCAAGGAUUUAAAGCAGAUUAGUGGUUCAAUGAUGAACCUUGUCGCAUCAUCAUUUGGUCCAAGUGGCUCAAAAACACUGUUGACAUCUUCCACUGGGCAAGUUAUAGUUACCAAUGAAGGUAUCAAUAUUUUAAGAUCAAUAAACUUCUCACAUCCCUUGGCUAAAUGCAUCCUUAAUGGUGUAAGUUCAUUUUGUGAUGUUUAUGGAGAUGGUUGCAAAACAUUUAUGAUCUACUUGUACAAUUUGAUCACUGCAAUUGAACACAAUUGCUUUCAGCUUGAUCUACACAGUGAUAAUGCUCCAUAUAAAGUUGCAGUUGCAAAAUGUUUACAUGAUUUUAUGAUUGAGGAUUUUCCUUACAUUUGUGACAAAAUCAAACAAUUUUCUUCAUUUCAAAAUAGAAUUCAAUUUAAUGAGCUUCAAUUGGAUUCUGACAAGUUACUUUAUUUUGUGACUAAGUCAUACAUGAAUGGUACUUUUUCUGAAGAUGUUGUUGAACAUCUUGCACACUUGAUAUUGGAUUUUAUAAAAAGUUUAAACCAGAGUUUACUAAAUGUUACUUUUGCAGUGGAAUGGUUUGAUUGUUAUGUGUUUACAUUCAAUAGUCUAUAUAGUGCAUCCCAUAUUUUAGAAGGAAUUUUCAUCCAGGGAAAUAUAUAUUUAGUUCAAAAUUCACAGAAAGAAGUUAAAAAUUGUAUUCUGAUGCAGUGUGCAAUAGAAGGGAGUACAGACAGAAAUUCAUCAGAUAUUGUGACAUUGUCUACAGAAUCAACAGACAGUUUUCUUACUCUUAAACCAUCAAUUGCUUAUAAAUUUCUUACUGAAAUUAAAAGCAGAGGUGUUUCAUUAGUUUUGAGUUCUGAGGUGGUCCCAAGUUAUGUUCUACAGAUUUGUGGUGAAUUAAAAAUUGAUAUUGUUUCGUGCAUAGAUCAGAGGGAUUUAAAGUUUUUAACUUAUCUUUUUAACAAGUUACCUUUGUCAAGUGUCUAUGAUAAUGUAACUUCUGAUAACAUUAUUGCAUUGGAUUCUUAUGAUAAAAUGUUUACUGCUGGGAAAUGUUUUCUGAAACUUAAGCUUAACAACAGCUAUUCAUGUUCUCAUUUUAGUUGCAUGUUUUUAAGUGCACCUAUAGAUGGAUUAACACAGCAGCUGAAACAAACCAUAAAGAGAUGUCUUAAAAUUGUAAAGCAAAGUAGUAUUGAUUCAAACUGUGAUACUUUUGAAGGCAAUUUUCUUACCCUUGAGGAGGAUAUGCAAAAUUUGAAUCAGUUUUCAUCCACUUUUGACUCAGAAAGCAAAGAAAUUAAUGCCGUAGUUACAAAAUCUAAUCCAAUGAGUUGUAAUCAUGAUAAUUUAAACCCAGAUGACAAAGUGGGAUUGAAGUCAACCGCCAGCGUUAUAGCUGGUGGAGGGUACUUUGAAUAUCUCAUGUCACAUCUACUCAGUAAUUAUGCAUCAAAGAAUAUUUAUCUUCCAAAGCAUAAACAAUUUUGUUGCAGUGUGUUAGUUAAAAUGUUGCAGUCAGUGCCUCACAAGCUCCAUAGCAAUCUGGCCAAUGGAGGGAAUACUGACAGACUGUACAUGAAAGCUUACCAGGAAAUAACACAACUGUUAUCUCAGCAGGCUAUUGCUGGAUUGAAUCAGUUUGGAAGAGUGUGCAAUCCCUUUCAAGAAGGAGUACUGGAUGUUCUGAAUAUAAAAUUAGCAAUGGUUUAUGAAGUGAUAAGUUUGGUGGAAACACUGUUCAAAGUUGGUUCUAUCAUAGGAGUAAAAACACCAGUAGCCAAGUUAAAUCAGCAGACUGAGUCUACAGAAGACAGUGAUUGAUACUGAAUGCAGAGCUUGAUCAAUCAAGAUGUGGGUUUUGAACAAACUCAUCUAUGGUUCAUCUGCUGUCAGUGAAGCAGAUGAAGAAGUGUUGGGAGAACAACUGGAAACCCAGCAAGUUGAAGAUUGGGUGGUUGUUAACUCUCCUGGUGA